UAAACACGCUACCGUCUGCUGCGCUCUCAUCUCCUUCCGUCCUACGUAACCCGCUAAGCCCCGCCCCCGGCCUGUCUCUCACGCACCAGUUACGUCUGACCGUAAAAAAUAGAAACUUCCAAGAUGGCCGAGUCCGUGGACUCCAUGCAUUUCGCAGCAAACAGCAAAACAAAUUCCCCUAAACCCCUGAUAGCUAAGCGACCGCCGGAGAGUCGUCCGCAGUCUUCCAGCGACAUUUUCCCACCGCCCCCAAAGAAGGUCCGGGUGGAGGAGAAGGGCCUGAAGCACAGGAAACUGAACGGAGAGGUGUGCGCAGGGGAAAAACACAACGGGAAGCAGAGUUGUGGGAGCCCAGCGAAAUGGAGUUUCGGCCCGGCCAAGGCGAGCCACUCCACCGCCGCCGCAGUGCCCGCCACCCCUGUCCGGAAAAUAUUCAAAAUCAGCAACUUCCUCGCGUCGCCCCACAAAGUAAAAAAAGCGAAAGAGAAGCGACACAAGGAGAAGAGCAGCGAAGCGCAGCAGAGCCCGGGCGCUGCUGUGGAGAGAGUGAGCCCAGCUAGCUGCCAUACAAAGCCCGAGAACGGCGACGUGAAAAUGCUACAGAGAGAUCACCAAGUGAAGGAGAAAGACAGGGAGAAGAAGAAGGAAAAGAAUAAAGAGUGGAAAAAUCACAAACUGCCACCUGUCCACGAGAUUGCCAGAGAAAACGGAGAAGUGGUUUCUCCGCAGAAAGAGUCUAAGGAGAAGCCCAAGGCUGGUUCGGAGGAAGACCUCCUUCUGAAGAAGCUCAAGAAGAAGAAGAAAAAGAAGCACAAAGAUGGCGAGCGGACGAAGGAGAGGCAAGGCAGACCCAAAAUGUACCACCGCUCGUGCCAGACUGUGUGUUCAGGGGUGUCCCUGGGUCUGCCGGAGUUGCUCAAUCAGAUUAACGUGAACAGCGACAGCAGCAGUCUCAACCACAGUGCCGCACAACACCACCAGGAUGCUGCUGUUUCUGCGGCUACCUCCACCUCCAUCUCCUCCGUGGUCAGAGAGAGGCUCAGCUACAGCUCCCCGCUGCACUGCAGCCCGGCCCCGGGCACGGCUGGCCUGGAGUUCAGACGUCUGAUUCACAUCGAGCAGCAGGCCAACGGAGGUGCGUCUGUGGUGCACGCCUACAACGAGGAGCUGGCCUGCCUUUCUCCGGCAGAGAUGCAGCGCUUCGCCGAUGAAUUUGUGACCCUGUCGUUCAGCGAUGACGAGGCCCAGGCAGCGUGUUUCGUGAUGGGAAUCAUCCACGGAGCUGCGUCCUACCUCCCAGACUUCCUGGACUACUUCUCCUACAAGUUCCCCAACGCACCGGUGAAAAUGGAGGUGCUCGGGAAGAAGGACAUAGAGACGACCACCAUGGCCAACUUCCAUUCUCAGGUGAAGCGGACAUAUUCCCAGGGAACGUACCGAGCUGGGGCCAUGCGGCAGGUCAGUCUGGUCGGAGCUGUGGAUGAAGAGGUCGGAGACUAUUUUCCCGAGUUCAUCAGCAUGUUAGAGAAGUCUCCUUUCCUGGAGCGGACCCUGCCCUGGGGAACUUUCUCCAGUCUGCGGCUGCAAAGCCCCACAGAGAGUGACGACGGCCCCAUCAUGUGGGUCAGACCUGGAGAACAGAUGAUACCUCUGGCAGACAUGCCAAAAUCACCUUUCAAAAGGAAAAGGUCCACCAAUGAGAUAAAGAACCUGCAGUACCUUCCUAGAACCAGUGAGCCCAGAGAGAUGCUGUUUGAGGACCGGACGAGAGCUCACGCUGACCACAUCGGUCAGGGCUUUGAGAGGCAAACUACUGCAGCUGUCGGUGUGCUGAAGGCUGUGCGCUGUGGAGAGGACAGCGACACUGCUGCGCGGAUCACCAAAGACGUCGUGUGUUUCCACGCAGGAGAUUUUCCAGAUGUGGUUAUGAGGCUGCAGCUGGAUCUCCACGAACCCCCACUCUCUCAGUGUGUGCAGUGGAUCGAUGACGCCAAGCUGAACCAGCUCAGGAGGGAGGGGAUCCGAUACGCCCGUAUCCAACUCUACCACAAUGACAUCUACUUCAUCCCCAGAGGAGUUGUCCACCAAUUCAAGACAGUGUCUGCUGUCUGUAGUCUGGCCUGGCAUAUCCGACUUAAACAGUAUCACCAACAUGAAGAGAAGGAGGAGGAGGAGGUUAAGGAAGAGGAGACAUGUUCACCAAGACAAGUAACAUGUUAUAUUAAAAAAGAGGAGGAGGAGGUAGAAGCGACGGAGUGUGACCUUGCUGUAAAGGCAGUGACGAAGCUGGAGGAUGAGGAGGACACGGGGAAAUGGGAGGGGGCACCCCCAGACACUCCGACACAGAUUUUCAAUGAGGAAGAGCGAGAGAACAGAGCUGACGUGAAGGAGUUGUCAGCGGCACUGUCACUACCUUUGGUCAAGAAAGAAAGAGAUGAAUCUGCACUCAGUCCCACACUAAUUGAACCUCAAGAUGAGGAAGAUGUAAAAGAGGAAGGCAAAGGAGCUGCAGACACCUGUCAGACACUGCAGAUGGACCACGAGGAGGGCAACAGAGCGGAUAGUGCCCCUUCAAAGCCAUCACAGCAGAUUAGGAAGGAAAGUGAUGUGGAAGAAGAGCGGCAGCACAAAACAUCAGGACAGGGCCUGAAAGAGAAAAGUAAAGAGAGUAUACUGAGCACUUAUAACGCACCCCAAAUCAAAAAGGACAAAGAUAAAGGCAGAAGAGAGAAGGAUGAAAAGGAGAGGGUGAAAGAGAAGGAGAGGAAGGAAAAGGACAGGACUCAGAGAGACGAGAAGUGGGCCAAGGAGUGGGACUCAAAAACGCAACCCCAUGUCAAGAGAGAGAAGGAGCAUGACAAGGACCGGGCAAGCACGCCUGCUGCGGCUCACCCACGGCCAGACAGAGAGGAGGCUCGAGACUCCUGCACGCAUAAACACAAGUCUUCCCAUGGGAAGAAGGAGAAGAGUGGCCACAGGGAGGGCAAAGACGGCAGCGCGCUGGGAAAAUGGGGGAGAGAAGACGGAAAAACUCACAAACCUGCGAACGUUCAGGUUAAGAAAGAAGUAAAGAAGGACAGAGAUGUCGGCAGCAAAGAAGAGAAGAAGAAACCUGCUUCUGGUCCUGCCCAACUAGAACACAAACAACCACGGACACUGGUCACCUUUGACCUUUUUAAACCCAUGGAGGCCCAUCAAACUUUGGCUCUUUCCUUCACGGACAGUAGACCCAAGAGCCACCAUCACAGUGACUCUCGAGGCUCCUCGUCUAAGCCUGCAUCUGACAGUCGGACUGUUGCGCUCUGUAAAGGACCAAAAGUAAAGGACUCGGUGCCGGAUACCACAAAAGUGAGCGAAAGCUGCUUUGACAUUGCCAGACCUCCUGUGACGCAGUGA